UUUUGUAAACAUUAAAUAAUUUUUUACAAUUGUUUGAAAAUACAUGUGCACCGUGUGCAGAUGAAGGCUUUAUUUGAAAUUUCCAGCUCUUUAGAGUAAUGAAUUAGUCUAAUAAAGCAGUAUAAAAUGUCUGGUUACUUAGAAGUUAAGUAUCCGUUUAAAUCUAACAUCGGAUUGAAUCCUUUCAAGUCGUGGAAGAGACAAUGGUGUAUUCUGAGGCCGGGGCCGAGCGCGGGCGGAGGCUCGCUGGCUGUUUACUGCAGCGAGGCUGGCGCUUCGGCGGGGACCGUUGAACUUCGAUCGGGGUGUGUUGUCAAACGUGCCAAGUCGCGCACUAGACCUCAUGCCUUCGCCGUGUUUUCCGUCGAAGAGCCCUGCAAACCCCGAAUCCUGCUCGCGGCACAGACGCUGCAAGAAGCUCAGCAGUGGAUGGAUAAGAUUCGAGAGUUGUUAAACGGGCAGAAACUUCUUGGCACCGAAACAUUGCUUAAAGACUCGUAUUCAGUGACGAUCAUGCCCACCGAGCUGUCACAGCAAUGUGGUGUGGUCGGGGACAGCACCCUCACUCUGUCGUCGAGUGGGCUGCUGCUGGCGCGCGCGCAGCCCGAGGCUCUGCUGCUGCGCUGGCAGAACAUCACUGAUGUUUUGCAGGAGAGAGAGAACGGAGACAAAAAUAAAACUUGUAUACUCAGUGUUGAUAGCGGGUUCCACGGCGGCGGCGAGAUGAAGCUCACGACGGCUCUGAACAGUGAGCUGGCGGGUGCCAUCAAACUGGCGCUGAAGGAGAGUCGCGGCGCGCGCCGCAGCCGCAGCCACCCCGAGCUCAACACCAGCUGCGAUCUCACGGCAGGAGAGUUACGUCGCAGCAGCUGGUACAGUGGACCGUCGGAAGUGUCGUUAGAUGACACCGAUUUCAAGGAAGCUCAGCGCAUCCCGAGCGGGCAGCUAUCUCGGUACAGCGGCCGACUUCUACGCACCUCGCUCACUUCGCUCGACGACAGCAUGUGCGACCGUCGCUCGCUGGUGUCGGUCGCAUCGGGCGUGUACGAGGAGAUCUCGGAGGAGCCGCGACCGCGCGUGCUGGAGGAGCCCACGUACGAGUCAGUGGCGGACUGCAUCUACGCGACCAUGCGGCGCUCCGGCAAGCGACACCCGCCGCCUCCUCUGCCGCCUCGACAGCCCUACCACACAAUGAAGCUGGGCGAGUCGUGGAGCAGCCGCAUGGAGGGCGCCGCGGUGGACGCGGGCGUGACGCGCCACUCCUCGCUGGGCUCCCUGCACCACAAGCCCACAAGACCCGCUAAGCCCUUCAGUGUAUUCAGAAAAAGACUGAAAAGCGAUUCUCGCAUAGCGACAUCGCCAAAAUCGGACACCUCCAAAGAGAACAAAGACGUGGAGACGAAGAAAAAGAAGUUUGACUUCACGCCCACUCGGGACAUCUUCAAGAGCUUCAAAGUGAGGAGCAAGAUGAAGAGCCUCAAGCUCAACUCUGGCCUCACUAAAGGGGAGACGAAGAGCUGUGAGUUCCUCGACGAAACACAACACGUGACGUCCAACCGUUGCUCCAAGUCUGUGGAAUGUUUGGAAGGAAAUGACGGAUACGACGAAUUCGACGGCAGCGUAUCCCUUGAAGUGACGGAAGAACCGAGCGUAGAGUUCGUCCCACAGGAGUUAUUCCAGCUCAUACUGUGCCCCGACUUGAGCAAAGUUCGCUUAAAAGAGCCCCCGAUGCUAUGCGAGGGCGACUACAUGCCCAUGUCCCCCAUAGUACCCCCUCCCAUAGAACACCAUUAUAUGGUGAUGUCUCCGCGGACCAAUCAGGCCUGAAAUCUGAACUUCUAGUCUCGGCAGCAUUAAGAUGAUCGCAAAUUACAGCAUACACCGUGAGAUAAAGCGAUUUUUCAAUACUGUCUGUUUGUUCUAUACCUGUCAGAUAUUUAGCGAUUCUUGAACAUGAGUCAUGACAAAAGCCUGCCAUGUUGACAUUAACGAUUGUGUGUCAACAUGAUAAAUUUUCAGAGGCUAGCUUUUUUCCUCGACUUCGUGCGCAUGAUAUAAUUUAUAGCCUGCACUCGGAUAUAAUGUGGCCGAACGUAAUCAAAAUA